UUCAUUGCUCAAAUUGCCUCCAAGUGUUCUUAGAGCUUCCAAGCUCAACUGGCUCCGGCCGGCGCAAUUUUCAAGGACUGGUGCGUGCUGCACAGUUGACACACAUGGGUCUGGCAGUCGACGCCUUGUUCUUCAUUGCCGCAUUUGCAACACCUGUUGCGGUAUGUAUUGGUAUGUUGGCGGAGGGUAAAGGCAGUGUGGCCACUAAGCUGAGCACAAGCUUCACAUGGCAUCCCAUCCUGAUGACCUUGGCAUUUUCCUGCUUCAUGGUCCUGGGUCGAUGGGCAUAUGUUACAGAUUCCCUUGGUGACAAAGUGAAACAACGCCCAGUCCAUCGUGCCUUUAUGGCGCUGGGCGCUUUGUUUGCCAUGGGAGGUUACGCGGCGAUCUUCGUGGCUCAUGUCCAGAAACCCACCUUCUUCGGCUACAACUUCCACACGCGUAGCUGGGCAGUCCCAACCCGAGUGCUCCACGACUUGUUUGGCUACGGAGUCCUUUUGCUCACAUUGACACAGGCCAGCAUGGGCUUACAGAAGCUGGCGAAACUCAGUGCAGGUGUGAAGGUCUUUACCUUUCAUGGUACCCUCGGGAAGGCCAUCAUGCUCCUGGCAUCUGUACAAAUUGUCAUUGCUUGUAUCAUUUGGCCUUGGGCUACUCCUUUGAAGAUCCUCAUCGGGGUUCUAGCAGUUGGUGCAGCUCUUUUUGGGGCUUUCUACCCGAAUGUCUCCAAAGAAGCUGCUCGGUCGUUGUCACAAGCAUAGCAAAGUGGCUUUGUCGUUUGGAUAGAGCCAGCCAUGUCAAAGACAUUGCGACAAGAUCCGGACAGGAAAAAAAUGGAAAAAAC